GAAUAUCAAAAAAGCUAAAACUAUUAUUUAUGUUUAUAAGCAGUUUUCUGCAUAAUCAUAUUGUGAAAGGAUGAACCAGCUGUGCAAAGUAUGCGGUGAACCGGCGGCUGGUUUUCAUUUUGGAGCAUUUACAUGUGAAGGUUGCAAGUCGUUUUUUGGCCGCACUUACAACAAUAUUGCCGCAAUUGCCGGUUGCAAGCACAACGGCGAUUGUGUCAUCAACAAGAAGAACCGUACGGCGUGCAAGGCUUGCCGACUGCGCAAGUGUCUGCUCGUGGGAAUGUCGAAGAGUGGUUCCCGAUAUGGUCGCCGCUCCAACUGGUUCAAGAUACACUGUCUGCUGCAGGAGCAGCAGGGCGGCGGAGCGAGCCCGGGCAGCGGCAAUGUCAGCAACGCGAAUCUGGAUCAGCUGGCGCGACUGCAGCAAGCCAGCAAUCAGGCGCGGCAAACUUACCAGGACAAAACCAAUCCCUGCAUCAAAUCGGCAACAGCAGCCACUCCGCCCAGCAGUCUGACGUUGCAGUCGGCGACAGCAGCGGCAGCGGCGGCGACUGCGACUGCGGCCGCGACGGGAACGCCAUCGCCCAGUCUGCCUGGUUUUCUGCAAGCAGCCAAGUAUCUGAACGAGCAGCAGCAGCGUCAUCUUAAACUCGAAUCCCGCCUCAGUAAUACGCCCAGUGAUUCGGGCGCCUCCUCAGCCGGCGAUCCCACGGAUGAUGGCACCAGCGUAUUGAGCGCCACGACCAGCAGCAUUCGAAAGGUUCUCCGGCAGAGCAACGCGACGUAUGCGGGCAGUUCCGAGGCGGACAUUGUGGAGCAGCAGCAGCGACGUCACAAGGAGCUGUUAGACAUCUUUCGGAGUCACUCGGAGCCACUGUACAGCUCCUUUACGCCAUUCACCCUACCGCCGGCUCUGAUCGGAAGCAGUUUGCCACCAUUGCCCAUAUUCAAGGAUCAAUUUAAGUCGGAGCUGCUAUUUCCGUUCCCAGCGGCGAGUCCAGCGGAGGAGGAGCCCAUCGAUUUGUCGCUGCGAUCGCGCACAGAUGCGAAUGUCAGUCCGGUGGCGAAUAGUUCCAGUAGUCCGCUCAGUGAGUCCGCCAAUCUGCCAUCUGCAUCGUCCUCCUCCUCCUCCACAUUUGUGCGUAAAUCCACGCCUCUCGACCUGACAUUAGUGCGUUCCCAGACCCUGACAGGAUGAGGACUGCUUCACACCUAAUCAACAGAGUGCCAUGGGUCCUACACACACACAUAUAUAUAUAUAUAUAGUUGGGAUCAGUCACUCUGUAAUCCUCCCGUUAAACAUUUGAUAUUGGUGCCAGUGAAAGUAUGUACAAAUUACUUGUUUUUAGCUCAAUUAGAAUGCAUUAAAAAUAAAAUAUUAAAUAACGAAUUAUAUAAUUAAAGGUUUAGCCAAAUU